CGGCAGGACCUGCACAACCGCCGCCUCGAGCCUCAGCCGCCGCCAGCCGGAGCGGGAUGUUUCAUUGUCCGGAAAUGAUGGAGAAGGAGUGACUGCGGCGGCGGCGGGACAGCGGCUGGUCGCGUGUUAGUUUUGUUGGAGAGGGGUGCAGGCUCUCUCUGUUACUCGGCGAGAGAGCUGGCAGAUGUCCCAAGUGAGAGAACCUCUUCCUCCGGGGCCUGGAGGGCCAGAGCAAGCUCCGACUGAAAACAGCUCUUUGAUCUCCCUCCCUCGAGGAAAAACUGACCAAGAGACUACUGUGGCAGGAGAUAAAGACAUAAACCAGCCUUCCAGUAAUCAAAGUAUACAAGCAGAGAUACAAGAGCAGUCCAUCUGGGGAAAUUGCACUGAUGGUGACCUCAUCAGAACACAACCUCGACGUUUGCCUCAGCCAAAUACUUCAGCACUGGAAAGGAGUGAGGAAGAAAGUGGAAAAAUCCAAAAUGGCCAUGUGGGUCUGGGUAAUGGAAGUGGAAUUCACAACGGGGUCAAGCAUAUGCCUGCAGACAACAGAAAGCUUUCAUCUCCUGUUUCAGAAAAAAUGCACAGAAAAAUUCAGUCCACCUUGUCUGUCAACAGCAACAGCAGCAAGAAGAGUAAAAUAAACUCUGUGUUUUCUCAAAAGCCAGGUACUUCACCAGAAGAUUGCUGUGUUCACUGUAUCCUGGCUUGCUUGUUCUGUGAAUUUCUCACCCUCUGCAACAUUGUUCUGGGACAAGCAUCCUGUGGCAUCUGCACGUCGGAAGCCUGCUGCUGCUGCUGCGGGGACGAGAUGGGGGAUGACUGUAACUGCCCGUGUGACAUGGACUGUGGCAUAAUGGACGCGUGUUGUGAAUCUUCAGAUUGCUUGGAGAUCUGCAUGGAAUGCUGUGGGAUCUGCUUCCCAUCAUGAAAUAUUUAUCCCUUUCUAUUUUAUUCUCUAUAAAACUGGAGAGCUUUUCUUUAAAUACAUUUGAAGAAAGACUAGGUAAGAUUUUCACACUUGCACUGUUAAUUCUCUUUAUAUAAAUAUUUUUUUAAAAAGUAAUCCUCAAGUCUGUAUUCUAACACAAAUGGUAUAGUUUUGUAUGUGAAACUGAAGCUACAUUCCAGCUUCCUUUUGGCUUUGCAAAUGGAAGAGUUUACUGAAAGUGAAUUCUAGGCCUGAUACUGCAGGCCACAUGAAGGCAAAAUUGCCAUUUGAAUCCAGUGAAUCAAGGUUUUGGUCAGAGAACAGACUGCAAGGCAAAGCCUUAAGUAUUUGCUGCAUACUUUAAUGUUUAAACACUCAAAUGCCUCCAUGCAUAACAUGCCUUUACAGGCAUUCUGAAAAUCAAAAUAUCUCUGUUUCUCUCUCUUUGGGUUGAAAGCAACUUUGCUCUAUUAUUUUAAACUUAAUUCAAAAGCCAGAAUUAGAAAUACACUGUUGGUUUUGCUACAGUGGUCGUGUUGGCAAUAUGUCUUUUGUUUUGAAUAUCUCAUUAAUUAGAGAGCAAUUCCCAGUAUUUUACAUUGCUGAAAUUAUCUGACAAUCUAAAGUCACAUAUAAGUUUUGCCCUGGACUAGAAGAGUACCAGGAUUUCUUUGUCAUUAAUCAAGACAGAAUAGAGACCUUAUCAUUUUAGUUCCGUACUAUUAUUACUUGAAAUGCUACAUCUUAGAAAGAGACUUUGGAAAUCUGUGUAUGAAAUGUAUCCUUUGAGUAACAAACUAAUAGACUAACAAUACUUCAAAAAAUGGCUAAAGAAGGAAAAUUAUUAGAAGUUAACUCAAGAAUCUAAACCAGUACAUUAAGUGGCCUGGUCAGUGUUUGUGCCUUUGGAGCCAGUGUCACAUAACUUAGUAUUUAUUUCUUUAUGGUAUAAGAAAGAUCUACAGAAAGUAGCAGAAUUUAAACAGGGUAUAAAAACAAAACUGACUUAAUCAAGGAAUUCUGUCAUUAAAUGCAAAAAGCAAGUGAAAAAAUGAUUAUUCUCAGAUACAUUUUAAAUGUUAUUUUUAAAUAACUGUGUA